AUGGCCUCUCCUGAAGCGGCCCCGGUGCCAGAAGAUGUUAUCUCUGAAGAGCCUAUCAAGCGACUUGAAAGUGGGACACCGUCCUUUGACAAGGACAGCACAUUAGCUGGCACUGAACGUAUGUUCACCCCAUCGCCUGCUCCGCCCAAGAUUGAGGCAAGCAGCUUUGCAGACGAGAAGCUUUCGGAAGAGAAGAUCGAGCAAGAGGGGGAAGAAGAGUACCAGUACCCGACGUCUUGGAAACUCUAUCUUAUCACCAUAGGGCUAUGUCUAGCCGUGUUCUGCUUAGCUUUGGACAACACUAUCUUGACGACGGCCAUUCCCAAAAUCACAGACGACUUCAACUCACUGGGCGAUGUGGGCUGGUACGGAAGCGCAUACUUCCUCACGACCUGCGCUCUCACCUUAAUAUUCGGCAAGCUAUACACCUUCUACCCGACCAAAUGGACUUUCCUCAUUGCGCUUGGGUUCUUUGAGUUAGGAUCCUUAAUAUGUGGAGUGGCACCCAACUCCGUUGCGUUGAUCAUUGGGCGUGCAAUAGCUGGUGUCGGGUCCGCAGGCAUGUUCUCCGGGGCUAUUCUCAUUAUCUCGCAAUCCGUGCCGCUACGACAGAGGCCUAUAUAUACCGGUGCCCUUUCUGCAAUGUACGGUGUCUCGAGUGUGGCUGGGCCCCUCAUGGGUGGUGCUUUCACCGACAACGAGUCUCUUACAUGGAGAUGGUGCUUCUACAUCAAUUUACCUCUCGGUGGAGUGACUCUGGCAUUUAUUCUCUUCUUUUUUGAGGCCCCCAAAUCCGUCAAAGCAAGGGCAACACCCAAGGAGCAAUUUAUGAAGAUGGAUCCUCUCGGCUCGCUCUUCUUCAUGCCAGGCAUCAUUUGCUUGCUUCUCGCACUACAAUGGGGAGGGACAGAGUAUGAGUGGGACAACGGACGCAUAAUCGCGCUAUUCGUCCUCUUUGGCAUCCUGAUCAUUGGCUUCAUUGUAGUUCAAUACUACUCUGGCGACAAUGCCACCGUUCCAGGACGAGUCUUCAAAAACCGAAACGUCUGGGGUGCCUUUGUUUUCUGCGUCGGGCUUGGCGCUUCUUUCUUUACAAUCUUGUACUUCAUCCCUAUCUGGUUCCAAGCUAUCAAAGAUGCGUCCGCGACCAAAUCAGGCAUUAUGAACCUUCCCAUGCUUCUCUCCACAGUCAUCGCUGCCAUGUUGGCCGGAGGAUUGGUUACAACGUUUGGAUACUACACCCAAUUCCUAUUCCUCUCUCCCAUUCUCAUGGCCAUCGGUGCGGGUCUGCUCAGUACAUUUGAGGUCGAUACUGGUCACCCAGCCUGGAUUGGAUAUCAGGUUAUCCUAGGGAUGGGCAUCGGAAUGGGUCAACAGCAGCCCCUAAUAGUUGUGCAAGCCGUGCUCCCGCACGAGGAUAUCCCGACUGGUACAGCACUGAUGGUAUUCGCGCAAACGCUUGGUGGAGCACUCUUCAUCUCCGUUGGAGAGAACGUUUUCCACAACAAGCUGCUCACGAACCUCGCCUCCGAAGCGCCGAGUAUUGACCCACAUACCGUCGUCGCUGCUGGUGCGACCAUGAUCCGUGAGGUUGUGCCCGAGUCUGAGCUUCCGGCCGUGUUGGUAGCGUACAAUGACGCAAUCUGCCAAACCUUCUAUGUCGGUCUCGCAAUGGCGAUUUUCACGAUCCUAGGAUCAUUUCCCAUAAAGUGGGUUUCGAUCAAGGGCAAGAAGCUUGAGGCGGCUGCUGCUUGAAGGAGGCUUUCUUCCAUUCCUGAUUCAACAUCUGUGGGUGACUUUUGUCUCUCAAUUACGAAUCGAUUAAUACAUGAAAUAAUAUGAUGUCUCUAUACCCUUGAUGCAGCCAGCCGAUACCCCAAACUAGACCCCUACCAAUAGAAAUACAAUCUCUCCCUCGAGUACUCCAGACAAAGGCAAUGUAAGAAGAAUAGAACGGGAGGAACAAAAGAAACUUUAGCUAGACAGCAGCGUACAGACUCAAGUAAACGCCCCAUAUCACCCCGCACGCACUCCCAAAGACCACCCUCCUCUCCAGCGGAACAACUGUAUACAGCAACGUCGACACAAUCGGCCGAAACUUCAGCCGCGCAAGCAUAAUUGGGAUGAAAUCCUACUCGCAAGUCUUGUUAAUAACCAUCUUCUUUCCCUCAGCCAAGCAAGCGGAAAGAACCAUGGAAGAAGAGAGAGGGGUAGAGCAAAACAUACCUCAAGAACCAACUCCCACG